ACAAGGCUUCCAAUACCUCUAGCCUAGUAGCAAUAUCGAAUGUCACAUUAAUUUCACUGGUGACAGAUAAAUGGUAGAAUGAUAAUAAUUUAAAGUUGACAAUUAACAUUUAUAACCUUGGAUGUUUUGUUUUCAUAUGUUAUGUUGAAAAAUAUUAUCUUUCUAAACAGGAGUUACAUUUCCAUACUAUGUAUAUGUUCUUGAGGACAUAUCAUUACACUGCAUGACAGAGAAACCUGAGCUGAAAUGACUGAGUGUAAAUGAAGAUUAAAGUUGCAAUUAGUUCCUAAUCACCAUCGGUAUAUAAAUAUCUGCUCAAGCAGGUCAUUGUUCUUGUUAUUCUUACAUGCAUUGGGUGGCAAUCCUUAAUUCGUCACCAUUUUCCAUCCUGAAAUGAACCUGAUAAAAAGAUCAAAGAAAAACUGCAUUCCUCUUACCAGCUAUGAAAUUUUGUUUGCUACUCUGUUUACAGUAUCAUUAUGCAUUUGCGUUGGAUUAUUAACACUUUUGUGGUUCGAAAGUAAACCAGCCGAACAAGAUGCGAGCAGAACUACAGCCCAGGGCAAAUUCACCAUACUGUCAGGAGCGUCUUUCAGUCCGGCUUUGCAAGAUAAAUCAUCAACAGCCUUUAAAGCUCUUGCCUUUGAUGUUCAGCAAAUGGUGGAUGAUAUAUUUCAGUCAAGUGAACUUCAAAAUGACUACAAGGACUGUAAAAUACUGCAAUUCAGAAAUGGCAGCAUUAUUGUACUAUUCAACCUUUUCUUUGUACAAUGGGUGCCUGGUGUAACAAUAAAGAAUGAACUUGCAUUGGGCAUUGAAAGAAAUAAAAGUGAUCUUCUGCAGACUCUCAACAUUGAUGUGAACAGCAUAGAAAUAACAGAUUCAGGAAUGUUUAGCACAAACAGUCCAUUGACAACAUCAGACUUCAGAACAUUUGGUACGAGUCCUUUGACAACAUCAGUGAAAUGCUUACCUCUUGAUGAGCUUUGUGCUGAUGGUGUAAGCUGCAUAAGAAGAGAAUCAUUUUGUGAUGGAAUACCAAACUGCCCAGAUGGUUCUGAUGAAAAUGAAAAAACAUGUGCUACAUCCUGUGAUGGAAAAUUUAUUUUGACUGGCUCCUCUGGAUCUUUCCACUCUAUUCAUUAUCCAGAGCCUUAUAUUUCAAACCUUGCUUGCCGAUGGAUUAUACAUGUAAAUCAGGAACUGUCUAUUAAGCUGAAUUUCAGUGCUUUUGAUACACAACAGUAUGCCGACACUCUAAGUAUUUAUGAAGGUGUAGGCCCAGAGAAGAUUUUAAGAGGUUUCCUCUCAGGUUCCAAUCCUGGUACAAUUUACAUAUUUUCUAAUAAAGCCACUGUAGAAUUUGUUACAGACUACGUUGAAAAUAAUAAUGGCUUUAAUGCAACCUACACUGCAUUUAACACAAGUGAACUGACAAACAGUCAGAAACUUAGCUGCACUUUUGAAGAUGGCUUUUGUUACUGGAUUCAAGAUUUAGAUGACGAUGAUGAAUGGGCAAGAAUUAGUGGUCCCACAUUCCCUAUUACAUCUGGCCCGAACUUUGAUCAUACAUUUGGCAAUUUAUCAGGCUAUUACAUUUCAACACCAAUGAUGUCUGGAGGCGGACCUGUGAGAGUUCGACUUUUAAGCUUAUCCUUAGUCCCCUCUUCAGAAGUCUUCUGCCUAAGUUUCUGGUAUCACAUGUAUGGUAUUAAUGUGUAUCGUUUGAGCAUUACCAUCACAUACGAUCGGAACACUGAAAGGACAGUUUUCCAGAAAGAAGGAAAUUAUGGAAAUAACUGGAACUAUGGACAAAUAACACUAAAUGAAACAUCUAAUUUUAAAGUUGCUUUUGAUGCCUUUAAAAGACCGGGAUGGGAUGGCAUUGCCCUUGAUGAUAUUGGCCUGACAAAUGGAGGCUGCAAUGAAACUGUUUAUCCAGAGCCUACUUUGGUCCCCACAAUCCCUACGACCCCUCAGCUGCCCACUGACUGCGGUGGGCCAUUUGAUCUGUGGGAACCAAACACUACAUUUAGUUCCAUGAAUUAUCCUAAUAAUUACCCCAACCUAGCCUCUUGUGUAUGGUAUUUAAAUGCAGAGAAAGGAAAAAAUAUCCAACUUCAUUUCCAGUACCUUGAUCUGGAAAAUAUUAAUGACGUUGUAGAAAUCAGAGAUGGCACAGGAACUGGUUCUUUAUUUUUAGCUGUAUAUACAGGAAAGUCCCCAGUGCCAGAUAUAUUCUCUACGACUCAUCAGAUGACUGUAUUCUUCAUUACUGAUGAUUCUGUAACUAAGAAAGGAUUUGCAGCCAAUUUCACUACAGGAUACCAUUUAGGCAUGCCAGAUCCCUGUGGUCCCAAUUAUUAUCAGUGUGGAAGUGGAGAAUGCAUCCCGCUGGUUUACCUUUGUGAUCAAUCACAGCACUGUAAAGAUAAUUCUGAUGAAUCAGACUGUGUGUGCUUGGUCAAUGGUUCUCUCAGCUUCAAUGGAUUGGUCCAGUUCAAGGUUGAGAAUGAAUGGUACACAGCUUGUGCAGAUGCAUGGGAUGAACCAUUGUCAAGCAGUGUCUGUCACUGGUUGGGACUUGGAAGUGUGAAUAGAUCGUAUCCUGUCUUAUUUGAUCAGGCAGGACUUUAUGUGGAAGUUACAAAAGCAGCCAACAACAAUUUAAUACUAACACCCAAGGCAAAUUGUCUCAAUAAUUCAGUGAUUCACCUGCAAUGCAACAAUAAACCAUGUGGGGAAAGGCUGAUUACUCAGGAACAUGGAAUGAAAAUUAUAGGUGGUUCUGAUGCUCCAGAAGGUGCUUGGCCUUGGAUGGUCUCAUUACGUUUCAAUUCCAGGCCAGUUUGUGGAGCAUCUCUUGUCAGCAAUGAAUGGCUGGUCUCUGCUGCACAUUGUGUAUAUGGGAGGAAUUUAAAACCAUCUCAGUGGAAAGCCGUUCUUGGUUCGCAUAACAACCUGAAUUUGUCAUAUCCUCAAAUAGUCAUUCAAGAGAUUGAUCAAAUCAUCAUAAAUCCCCAUUACAAUAAGCGAACGAAAGAUAGUGACAUUGCUUUAAUGCAUCUUCAAAUCCGAGUGAAUUACACAGAUUACAUUCAGCCCAUUUGCUUCCCAGAAAAAAACCAACAAUUUUUGCCAGGAACUAAUUGCUCCAUUGCUGGCUGGGGGAGAACUACAAAUCAAGAAAAAUAUUUUUCUUAUAACUGUCACAGCACUGGAUUCAAUGGAACAGAUUAUACCUCCCACCCAGGAGAGCUGUUGGACCAAAGCGUGGGCCAUAAGAAGAAAAGAUAAGCCCUUUUUUUCCUGUGUGGGGCAAACAGCAGAUUGGGUGUGGAGAUUUUUAUCUGGAAAAUGUUGUACAAUGAAUUAGUAAUUUAGCCACCAAAUUAGCAGAUCAAGGUGACUGCUUUUCAAUAAUACAUGGCAUGUACCGGUAGUUUAGCCCUGAAUAAGUAAUGCACAUUGCAAGCAAUAUGCAUAGAUCUGCACCAGUUAAAAAGGACAGAAUGCAGUCAAGGCCAGGGUUAAGGAAAUCAGGAAACAUCAAUACAUGGUGCAAACACAUAAUGCCUCAUUUCUCACGAAUGCCCACCAAUCCCAACAAGUUGCUCCAUGGAGAAGAAAGUUGUUUUUCCAUUCUGAUAUGUUAGUUUGCAUGUUGGCCUCUGCUUCUAGACCAUGGUUCACCACCAGCAGAUGCACAUGCGCCUACAAAGACCUUCUCUGUCAUUCGCAAGGCAUCUCUCCCCACUGAGGUUCAUCUUGAAAGAAGCAUUUUAUUGUAGACAAUGGAAGAGGUUGUGCUGUGCUUGGUUGCAGGAGGAGGGGUGCCCACAACAGUUUCUCUGGUUUGCAAAUGUGCCCACAGGCCCUCUGUUCUAGACUAUGCUUUCAAUUACAUAUAUGUAUAAACAAGGGGCUAUACAGUAUUUAAAGAUACCAAUAAAUCAGAAACAGCAAAGAGUUUUCUGGCACUUUAAAAAUACUAGCUGAGUUGUUGUCGCAUUAGCUUUUAUGGACCUGAGCCUAUUUCACUCGAUGCAUCAAGUAUUCUCCUCAUUUGGCAAACACAUAAAUGUUUACAAACAAUAAAAACUGUAAAUCGAGGGCAAUUCUAGUCUACAAAAGCUCGUGCCACAAUAAAUCUGUUUUGAAUGUGUCACACGUUUUCAAACGGAUAUUCAGUUAUCCUUUAGGAAUUAUUUGUGAUUUGCAAGAAGUUAAAGAUAAUUUUCAUUGAGAAAUAUAUUGGCUAAAUUUUUAUGCAGUACCAUCUAUGUACUGACUGCACCAAAACCUGCUUAGGUUGAGCAAGUGGCUGCAUGUUAGGACCCAAACAUUUGGGGGAGAGUACCCUUUACCAAGGCUCAGAGAUGCAGUUGGGACCAGCCAGCAACCUCAUUUCAAUGGAAGGUCAAAUGGAGCUAAAAUGCAAACCAACAAUGAAAGCAUUUCUUUUGACACCCCACUCAGUCCUAACAUGUUAAUUUCAAUGGGUCUAAGACUCUAUGUGAAUCAGAGAAUUGAAGAGUUGGGAUGGAACUCAAGAGUCAUCUAGUACAGUAUUUCUCAACCAGUGUGCCUCCAGAUGUUUUGGGACCACAACUCCCAUCAUCCCUAGCUAGCAAGACCAGUGGUCAGGAAUGAUGGGAGUUGUAGUCCCAAAACAUCUGGAGGCACACUGGUUGAAAAACACUGAUCUAGUACAAUCCCCUGCAACGCAGGAAUCACAGCAUAGCUCAGGCACCCCCAAACUUCGGCCCUCCAGAUGUUUUGGACUACAAUUCCCAUCAUCCCUGACCACUGGUCCUCUUAGCUAGGGAUCAUGGGAGUUGUAGGCCAAAACAUCUGUAGGGCCGCAGUUUGGGGAAGCCUGGCAUAGCUGAACACCACCCAAGCUGUGUGAAUGUUAAUAGUUGUGACAAUGUUUGUUUUUAACAACUAAAAGGAGAUGACUGAAGAAUACCACCUGACUAUGUUAGUCCAAACUUUAAGCCAGUCUGUGCAUUAUCACGGCUAUGCUCAUGUACACAUCUGCUACAAGCUCAUCUUGUUGACAUUCUAAGAGUCUUGCUGCAACCCCAAAUGUACAGACAUAAGUAAUUCUAAAAGAAUUAUUCAGGUUUCCCAAAUGUGGAUAUUUAAAGUGUGUGUGUGUGUGUGCAUACAUAUUUUCAUUUCAGCAGAAAAUGCCUGAUAUACAUUGUUUCUUGCAGCAAUUAUGAAACUCUCUACUCAUUAUGGAAAGCGAGUAUUCUAAUUUUCUGCAGGCAGAAUAUAUGAAUAACUGCUAGCUGCUCAUAGACUUCACUGGAUUUAUUAACAUGGUAACACAGGCGGUAUAAGGCACCUAUAAACUAUCUGUUGGAAACGGGCAAUGUUAGAAUGAAUGAAAAUAUUGCUUGAAGAACUUGUUUUACAUUAUGCAUCAGGCUCAUUCAAUGCAUAUGUUUAAACAGGUUCUGUGGCAAGCAUAUUGCAGGAAGCAGAAGUCCCUCUUAUAACACAUGAGAAAUGCCAGCAAUUGAU